GCUGACACGUUCAGCAGUCAAAUCAACAGUUUUCCUAUAUUUCAAUUCUUGUCAUUCCUUCAAUCUGUUCUGAUACAUCCAUUUCAUUUCAAUAUGUUUCAUCAGUAGGUCGCACGACUGCCUGAGAAGCGCAGCCACGGCGUUGGCUAACCCCUAAUCUGGGAGCCAACCAAAACCCGCCAUGUCGCAGCCGUUCCACGCCGCAGGGGCGGCAUGCCACACCCUUCACGACCCCUGGACUCAUGGCCUUGGUGUGAUGAGGGCCGUCAUCGGCCGCUGGUUGGAACUGGACAUCACUCACCUUGGCUCUAUUAUCACCAUCGCAGGCGCUGCCCCUGCAGCCUGGCGAUUCGUGCAACACAUCGGACGCCACGCUUAUGGCUGGAUCAGGCGGUUCUUCAUCGCCUCCGUGACCAUCCCAGGCGGUGACCCUCUGAACCGGAAUGUCGUCAAUUGGGUCCUGUCCAACGUCAUCGAGCCCCAAAAUAUCAGGUUUCUGACGGCCCGUACCGAAGUUGGACGGAAUGGUGCGGAUCGCGCGGCCGCACUCAAGAAGACGCGCCGUGCCGUCCAGUACUGCCCUCACUGGAAGACGACGUGGUUCUGGCACCAGGGGAAUUUGUUCAUGAUUACACGAAUACUCGAUGGCUUCAGUGCCUCCAUGGGCGAUCCAACUUACGACGGCAUUGGCGGAGAGGAGCUGACUAUCAGCUGUCUCGGCCGCUCAGUAGAGCCCAUUAGGAGGCUAAUGACCACUUGCCGCGAGUUUGCAGAUAGGCAGACACAAUUCUUCGUCAUCGUAUACUCUCGGGAUCGCUAUGGCAUGUCUUGGAAGCCCAAGUCGCGCAAGCCCAUCCGCCUGUUAGAAACGGUCCAUUUUGACGAGCAAGUUAAACAAGAGCUCCUUGCCGACAUCAAGAAUUAUCUCGACCCCAAGACGCAGCGGAGAUACCAGACUCGCAGUAUGCCCUACCGCAGGGGAUACUUGUUUUAUGGGCCCCCAGGUACGGGCAAGUCUUCCUUAUCCACUGCCCUCGCCGGGGAAUUCGGACUGGACCUCUACGAGGUAAACAUCCCCAGCAUCGCGUCCGAUGCGGAUUUGGAGCAAAUGUUCUUGGAAGUGCCCCCACAAUGCAUCGUCCUUCUCGAGGACAUUGACGCUGUCUGGGUAGAGCGCGAAACAGAGAAAAGUGAGCAAAACGGUAAUAGGAGGUCCAACUGCACCCUAUCUGGUCUUCUCAAUGUGCUGGACGGCGUUGGCUCGCAAGAGGGCCGCAUCGUAAUAAUGACGACGAACAGGCCGGAGCAGCUCGACAGCGCAUUAGUCCGCCCUGGUCGUGUCGAUAUGAAGAUUUUCCUCAGCUAUAUUAGCCAGAAAUCAGCUGAGCAGAUGUUUGUCCGCAUGUUUGCAAUCGACUUGGACAGCCAACCCCGGUUGCCUAGGAAGAAAAAGGAUCUUGCAGGCCAAGAGGUCCCGCGGCAGCUUGAUAUUCAUGAAGUCCGGAGUCUCGCCUCUAAAUUCGCAACGGAGAUCCCGGAGGACACUUUCACUCCGUCUCAGCUACAGGGUUUCUUCCAAUUGCACCUAGAUAGUGCUGUUGAUGCAGCGGCUUGUAUUUCUUCCUGGGUAGAGAAGGAACUUUCUAGAAAGUCGGAUCAGGACUUUGAAAUUGUCCGCAAUGGCAAGGAGUAAUAAGGAACAAAGGAACUUGUAACAUAGGGUGUAUAACAAAUCGGCGGUCAGGAAUAUAGAAUAUUAGAUACUGUACUAUUAAUUGUGGUUCUCAGUUCUCGUAGAACUGGUCAUCACCUGAC